UCCAAUCACAGCUGAUCACAUGUAAACAGGGAAAUGGGACAUGUACACUGGUCAUUAGGGCACUGGUGAUCAAUGUGCCCUGAUGAUCAUUGUAGCCCCAGCAGUGCCACCUGUCAGUGUCCAUCAGUGCCUUGUGCCAGUGCCCCAUCAAUGCCACAUAUCAGUGCCUACCAGUGCACAUCAAUGCCACAUAUCAGUGCCCAUCUGAGCUGCCUUUCAACGUCACCCAUCAGUGCCAGUCAGUGCUACCUAUCAAUGCCAAUCAGUGCCACCUAUCAGUGCUGCCAAUCAAUGCCACCUAUCAGUGCCAGUCAGUGCCGCCUAUCAGUGUGCAUCAGUGCUGCCUAUCAGUGCCGUGUCAGUGCCGCCUAUCAGUGCCAGUGCCAGUCAGUGCCACCUAACAGUGCCAGUCAGUGCCACCUAUCAGUG